UGCGCUGAAGAGUCAACGCAACGCGAUUAACGUUUUCUUGCCGCGCCGCUCGUUCACUUUCAAUGCAAUCUCGCCGCUUCCUCUUUUAUCACGUGAGUGCCUGGCGUUCUCGUCAUCUGAUUGGCUACUUGAGUGCGAGGCAGCGUUUUCAAGCGUCCAAGCUAAAGUUUUAGAACGUAACUUGAUUUUUCUGUUCUGACAUCAAUGUCGGUCCUGUUCGAAACUGUAAAAACAGCGAGGUGGACUUCCUUUAACUUUGACAGCCACUUCCACCCAGCUAAACUCUUGCGGUAACAAUAAUGGCUAAAGGACUUAGCUUGUUCUUGCUAGUCCUCGUCGUCGUGUUGACUUGCAUCGUACCUGCGGCGUUGGCGUCCCGGCAGCCGCACAUCGUGUUCAUAUUUGCGGAUGACCUCGGCUGGUACGAUGUGGGCUACCACGGCUCGGAAAUCAAGACACCCAAUCUGGACAAGCUGUCUGCCGCAGGGGUCCGCCUGGAGAACUACUACGUCCAGCCUCUGUGCACCCCGUCCAGGAACCAACUGAUGACGGGAAGGUACCAGAUCCACACGGGUAUGCAGCACCAGAUCAUCUGGCCCUGUCAGCCAUACUGCGUUCCCCUGGACGAGACCCUGCUGCCUCAGCUGCUGAGGGAGGCAGGCUAUGCCACACACAUGGUGGGCAAGUGGCACCUGGGCAUGUACAAGAAGGACUGCCUGCCCACCCGACGGGGAUUCGACUCCUACUUUGGCUAUCUGACGGGCAGUGAGGACUACUACACUCACGUCCGCUGCAGCCCCAUCGCCCAGCUCAACCUGACACGCUGCGCCUUGGAUCUAAGGGAAGAAGAAGAGGUGGCAGCGGGCUACAAAGGCGACUACUCAACUGAGCUGUUGAGCCGGAGAGCGACCCGCAUCAUCGCCAAACACGACCCCAAAAAGCCUCUCUUCCUCUAUGUGGCGCUGCAAGCUGUACACGCCCCCCUGCAGGUGCCCGAGCGCUACGUGGCUCCCUACGCCUUCAUCAAAGACCCCCAGCGCAGGUCGUAUGCUGGCAUGGUGUCGGCCAUGGACGAGGCCGUGGGCAACAUCAGCCUGGCAUUGCGGCAGGCGGCACUCUGGGGCAACACCGUCCUGGUGUUCUCCACAGAUAACGGCGGUCAGACGCUGUCCGGUGGCAGCAACUGGCCGCUGCGAGGGCGGAAGUGGUCGCUGUGGGAAGGAGGGGUCCGGGGCGUCGGCUUCGUGUCGGGGCCGCUUGUGAAGCAGGCGGGGUCUGCGACCCGGGAACUCAUCCACGUCUCCGAUUGGCUGCCCACGCUGGUCGGCCUGGCGGGCGGAAGCCUCAACGGCACAAAGCCUCUGGAUGGAUUCGACGUGUGGAACACAAUCAGUCACGGCUUGGCCUCGCCCAGACUGGAACUGCUGCACAACAUUGACCCUCUGUACAACGACAUCGCCCCCUUGUGAUGGUAGUGCCUCUUCCAGGAAACCGAUCUCGUGACCAGCUCAGCUCUCUUUUCCUGACUGUGAGGGGCAGAAUGGUGUCAAAAAAGCACCUUAGGGCCACAACACAAUCACAAAUAGCAGAGAGGAACUUCUACAAUCUCGUUUUUGUACACAAAAGCCACUCAUAUAGCCAAAUAAUAAAUAGAGUUUAUUUUAAUAUUUUUUAAUUUUCCAAAUAUUUCAGUUUUCUUCUUAAAUAAUCUUUGUAAACUUUAUUUUAUUUAAUAUUAUGGCAUAAUAUUUUUGACUUUUUUUUCCCCAGGCUAAUUUUCCACAAAUUACAAAUGUCUUUUAUUUUUAUAUUUCAGUCCUAUGUUACUAAAACAACAUUAUUUUUCCUCUUAAUAUUACAAGUUAAUUCUCAUAAAAUUGAGACUUUUUUUCACUUUACAAUAGAAUACGACUUAUUUCUCUUAAUAAUUUAACUUUAUUCUUGCAAUUUCUGCUGUUUCAACAUUCUUAUAAAAUAAAUACAUGAAAUAUAAACUUUUGACUUUUUCCUAAUGACCUUUAGCUAAGGUGAGUGUAUAUUAUACAUAUUGUAUAUUCCUAUACAGUAGACGCCCCUACAACGUAAAUAAUCCGUUCCAAGAACCUUUAUGUUAUAGGGUUUUUAUGUUAUACGAAGUGUAAAAUACAUGUAAAUAGCCUAAUCCAUUCCAAGAUCUUCCCAAACUCACCACCUUUGGCACUUCAAAAUAUUCAAAGUCCACCAAAUAUGGUGGGAAAAUAUAAGAAAACGUUAGCAUAAACAUAGUAGAGUAACAUUCCAAUAUAAAAUAAGGUAAUAAAUAAGAUUACUGUAAAUUAAAUAAAACUGAAAAACAAAAACAAUCUUACCGUUAACGAGAUGUCUUGAUCUGGAGCGCAAGUGGAGGCAGGAAGGAGGAAGACUAGCCUGAGUCGAAACACAACUCAAAGAGUCUAAGAGUCAGGUGGUCUCACAGACAAACGCACACGCACUACAGGAUAAUGCUGUGUGCAAACUUUUAAUUUGUAACUUAACUUAAUUGUUUAAGUUAGUUUCAGGGGGACUACGAAGAGGAAGGAGUUUGAAGGGACAAGCCUGUCUCUCACACAAACUCACGUACGUGCUCUAUAACUCAGCCAAUGAGAUGAGAGCGUAGGCGAUGCCCUGAUAAUCAGCCAAUGAGAUGAGAGCGUAGGCGGUGCCCCCAUAAUCAGCCAAUGAGAUGAGAGCGUAGGCGGUGCCCCAAUAAUCAGCCAAUGAGAUGAGAGCGUAGGUGGUGCCCUGAUAAUCAGCCAAUGAGAUGAGAGCGGAGGCUGUGCCCCGAAAAUCAGCCAAUGAGAGAGCGUGAAGCGUCAGAAGGCGUCACCAAGUGUUAGUCUGAACUUGCACCGAC